AUGUCACAAGCUGGUGUUAAUAAAAAUCUAUUUGUCAAUGAGACAAAAGUUCAUCCUGAUCAAGGUAUAAUGAACAUAGGUAAACAAUGUCAUAAAUGUCAACAAGUUGAUUUUCUACCAUUUCAUUGUGAGUAUUGUAAGUUUACAUACUGUUCAAAUCAUCGAAGCUUGGACUCCCAUCAAUGUCCAGUAAAACCACAAGAAAAGACUAGAUCCAGUCAACAAUACGAUGCUACAGCUGCAUCUUUAUUUCCAGAUAGAGAAAAGGAUAAAAUAAAACUAGAGAACUCGAUAAAUAACGCUACGCCCAAGGCAACAAAUAUACUAGGCCGUAAUGGAGCCCAAGGAAAUGUGAUUGCCAAAUUUGCCAAAUUCUUGAGGCUUCAAAAGAAUAAGAAAAGUACCGAUGAUAAGGUAAUGGGGCUUUUCAAGAAAAAGAGUGUGCCAUCAGCCCGUACUAAAGUAGCAGAUAUGGCCAUACUUCGUAGGGAAGCCAAAGGGGAUACCAAGGUAAGUGAUACCGACAAAAUAUACCUCUGGUGUCUUUACAUCAACCCCAAACAAGUAUCUGAUAAUGCCGAAGAAGACAUAUUUUCCAAUAUCGAUGUGCAUAAGGAAAAAAGGGCCGUGUGGGUCUCCAAGCAAUGGUCCGUGGGUAGAGCUUUGGACUCUAUAGCGGAUAAUUUAAGCAUAGUCAAUAUCAACAACCGUACCCGUGAGUCUGAUGAGAGACUCUGCAUUUGCAAAGUCAGCGACGACGAACUGCCGGUCUUAUUGGAGACCUCCGAUAGAUGUUUGAAAGCAUUUAGAAAUGCUGAUCUCAUUUAUUUAGUCAGAGGUAAAAUAUAG